AUGACUACUUCCUCCGAACACUCAGCGCCUACCGCUACGGGGAGUGCCACCUUCUACACUCACUCAACGAACCUAAGACCGAACGACGCUAGCAGCCUGCGUAUCACUUCGCUCAUGUUUCCCCAAUUAUAUCUUCGUCUUCCGCACAUGGAUGAUGCUGCUGUACUCCUACGGCUUUUCACCGACUAUCGCAAUGUCCAGUACGACAAGUCAUGCGCCGGGUUAGAUAGCGCGGAUGCCAUUGCUAAUCUGAUUAAGCAGUGGCAGGUUGUAGAUCUACCAUUACAACGCGCCAACAUCGUUGUUGUGGUAGACGGCAAGACUGUCGGUACGGGCGGCUUGGGCUGGAUUGGAAGGAGAAAAGCCGAUGGCAAGCUGAUAGGUGACGCAGGCUUGAUGUUGGACACAGACUUUCGUAGUUCUGGCUACGGCUAUGAGUCGCUGUGUAUGGUCAUUGAUCAUGGUUUUGCUGUCCUGGGCAUGGACGAGAUCCACAUAGCAUGUGUAGAUGCUAAUACUGCGUUCAAGGGGUUGAUGAACAACAAGCUCAGGUUUCAGGCUGAGAGAAUAGACGAAAAGAUGUUCGGGAAUGAGUGGAUCUGGCGAAUCACGAAGGAGGCAUGGGAAGAUAGUGCGCACUCUGCUCAAGGUCGGGGUCGAGGUCAAGGAUAA